AUGGGUAAAGGAAAAAGAGCUCAUACCAUCAGUAUCCCUAGCAUCAAUUUGACUACUCCAAAGUCGUCUUCGGAUCACUCAUAUGCUCCUUCCAAUUUCAUCGGAUCCCUCUCAAAAUCAGCCUCAGAACAAACAAAUUUUGUCAGCAACACUUCUGAAAGAUGGCAGCCUCCCCGCAAACCCAAGAUGAAAUACGAUGAUCUGGAGCACAAGAUGGAAGCUGCUCCUCUCUAUGUUCUUGUCUGCACCUAUCUCAACUACUUUGUUCUGAUUCUGUUUGGUCAUUUAAGAGAUAUCCUCGGCAAAAUGUUCAAGCCCCAAGCCUACACCCAUUUGAAGAUGAGUCAGGGAUAUGCUCCUCUUGUGUCUGAUUUUGAUUCCUUCUACACUCGUCGCCUCUAUGUGAGAAUUCGUGAUUGUUUCAAUCGUCCCAUUACUGGUGUAGCCUCCAGAACCGUAAAACUGCUUGAUCGUAUCACUCCUGAUUUUAACAGAAGUUUCAGAUUGACUGGUACUACCACUGAAGCGCUCAAUUUCGCAUCCUACAACUAUUUGGGUUUCUCUGACAAUGAGGGUCCUUGUGCUGAUGCCGUUGAAAAGGCCACACAAGAAUUGGGCCUCACUGCUGCUAGUCCCAGAGCUGAAGCAGGCACCACCAAGUUUGCUCAAGAUUUAGAGCAUAUGGUCGCUCGCUUUGUUGGCAAGGAAGAUGCCAUGUGUGUCAGCAUGGGUUUCGCUACUAAUUCUACCACUAUUCCUGCUCUUGUCAACAAGGGCUGUCUGGUUAUUUCUGAUGAGUUGAACCACUCUUCUAUCGUUUUCGGUGUUCGUCUUUCUGGCGCUUCUGUUCGUGUCUUUAAACACAACAACAUGGAUGACCUUCGUGAACUCUUACGUGAAGUUAUCUCUCAAGGCCAACCUCGCACACACCGUCCUUGGAAGAAGAUCUUGAUCAUUGUUGAAGGCCUCUACUCGAUGGAAGGCACCAUUGUAAACCUUCCUGAGCUUAUUGAGUUGAAGAAAGAAUUCAAGUUUUAUUUGUACGUCGAUGAAGCCCAUUCCAUUGGAGCCCUUGGUGAAAAUGGUGGUGGUGUUUGCGAUUUCUAUGGUAUUGACCCUGCAGAGGUUGAUAUUCUCAUGGGCACAUUUACUAAAUCGUUCGGUGCCGCCGGUGGUUACAUUGCUGGUGACAAGGCCAUCAUUGAUCAUUUGCGUUUGCGUAACCAUGCUUAUAACUAUGCUGAGCCUAUGUCUGUUCCUGUCGCUAGCCAAGUCUUUGAGUCUAUGAAGAUUAUCAUGGGUGAAGAUGGCACUGAUAUCGGUCGCAAGAAGAUCAAGCAGUUGGCUGAGAAUUCUGUCUACUUUAUUGAGCGUCUAAGAGAGAUGGGUUUCAUUGUCUAUGGUGAUCAAGGAAGUCCUGUCAUUCCUCUCUUGCUCUUUAACCCUGCAAAGAUCCCCGCCUUUUCUCGUGAGCUGUUGAAACACGGCAUCGCUACUGUCGUUGUUGGUUAUCCUGCUACUCCUAUCAUCACCUCUCGCGCUCGUUUCUGUUUGUCCUCUGCUCAUACCAAGGAAGAUAUUGAUAGAUGUCUGCAAGUCGUCAGCGAGGUUGGUGAUACUUUGCUCCUCAAAGUCAGUGAGGCUCCCAAAUAA